CGCUGAAUAAUGAAAAGUUAAUCCCUCUUGGCUGAUGCCACUGGAAGCGAAGAAGUACCGUUCUAUUUUCAGGAACUGUCUAGUGAAAAUUCAUUGACCUCGCCUACGUAUUGGUUUUCACGCUAGCGAUUGGUCGCUUUUUCAGAAACACCUGUUCCUGUUUCCGGAGCCACUGCGAUCAUGUUUGAAACUUGUCAUUUUAUCGCCGAACAUGCUGGCAAGAGAAUUGCCAGAACAUCUCAAGUUGGGAACUAUAGAAGGGCAUUUUCGCUGCCGGUGGAGAGUGAGCAAGAGCGGUAAUACUCUUACUUUUAUAGCCAGACAGAAGUCCAGUAGAAGAUUUAGACCCAGGAUGGCCGCUGUGGGACGAGUACAACACCGAUGGGACACAACUCGGCCUGUAAUGAUACCAAAACCGAUUGUGCCCCCGAAAGCUCGAAUGGUAACCUUUUAUAGAAAUGGAGAUCCUUUUCAUAGUGGGACUAAAGUUUCUAUUAUGCCAGGCAAAGAUUUUGUAUCUCUUGACAGUUUGUGUGAUUACUUGACUCAGCGGAUGAAUAUACCACAUGGGGUUCGAUUUAUAUUUUCUCUCACAGGAAGGAGAAUUACUGAUUUAGAUGAUCUCCUUGACGGAUAUUCCUACGUUGUUUCUGGUACCAAAAACUUUCAAGAGCUGGCUUAUGGUCAAUCAAAUAGGAUGCGUGCUGCAAUGGUAUCGAGAGCUCAUCUUCCACUUGCCAUCCGGAAGGAAGAUCUCAAAUUGUAUCGGCCAGUGACCCCUCUUCCUUCUAAAGAUUGGAGAGUAAGGACUCCCAAAAAUCUUCGGAGUCGUUCUCUGCCGACUCAAAACGAAGGAAAAACUAUUACUGUAGUUAAUAGCCAAAAUCCUACUGUUUUCAGUAGGGUGUUGUUAAACUUACGCACUACUCAGACUUUCGAAGAAAUUGUGGAAGACUUGGGGCAAGCUAUUAAACUUCCUCAAGCUAAAAGGAUAUAUAAUCAAACGGGAGAUGAGGUUCGCAGCUUUUCCCAGUUGAAACAUGAGCUGAAAAAAUGUGAAACCUUCUACAUAGACACCGAAGAUAACAAUAACAACACCGUAAUUGCUCGAGAGAAGAGUGAAGACGGGUAUUUUUCCAUGGACGUAAACGAGAAUAACAUCAAGCACUCCAGGGAAUCGGGACCCAUACAGGCUGGAAGUCUACCUAAUCUAUCAGGUGACAUUAAUCUGAUGGCUGAUGAAGUCUCAACAAACAACGAUCAUCCUUCAGAUACAACAAGCCAAGUACUCGAUACAAUCCGUGUAUCUCCCACAGUGAGAACGCGGAAACCGAUACGGACAUCUAAAGGACAAGCAAAUAAUUCACGUACUCAACCUAAGAAUGCCAAGAAAGAUGCAACGCAGACCAAAACUACAAACAACAGUCCUCCAAACAAGCGUUUAGAAAUAGCUUGGGUACAUGGGUAUCAUGGCCUCGAUCCAGGUCGAAAUUUGUUCAUGUUGGCUUCCGGAGAAUUAGCAUAUUACGUUGGUGCCAUUGCAAUUUUACAUCAUUAUACCAAUGGGACACAGCGGCAUUAUAUAGGACAUACGGAAGACAUACUGUGCAUAGCUCUUCAUACUCAUGAUGAUGUGCUGGCAACUGGACAAGGGACAGGAAUUGAUUCCAAAUCCGAGGCUCAAAUUCGUGUAUGGAGGGCUGAUGAUUUGACUACUCUUGCUGUUAUUGGGCAAGGGAAGUUAGAGAAUGACAUCAUUGGGGCUGUCUUCUCAUGGGAGGGUUCCACAAUGAUGAUUCUCGAAGGACUGCAAGACACGGCUUUAUCUUUGUGGGAUUGGCAGAAUGAUACUGAGGUUACUAGAGUAACAACAGGGCAGUCUUUACUUGGCGGAGCUUUUCAUCCUCUAGAAGAUGAUGUCAUUGUAACAUAUGGGAGACAGCAUUUAGCAUUUUGGCUGAAAGACAGUAAUGGCGAGCUGAAUAGAAAAGAUCCAUUAUCAGCGGGUCGUUCAGGUACUAGUUUUCUGUCCAUGGAGUUUCUUCCAGACGGCAGACUUGUUACCGGAAAUUCCAGAGGCUUCCUAACUGUGUGGGCACCAAGUGAAGACUCGGGGAAAAUUUUCUUUAUACAGAAGGAAUUCAAAGCUCAUGAUGGAGAAGUUACAGCACUGCUAUCGUUGCCUGAAGGUGUUCUAGUUUCCGGAGGCAGUGCUAAUGACCAAGAAGGAGAAAUUCGUGUCUGGGACACUUCAAAGAAAUUUGCUAGUCUUGCAUCUGCUGUGCUUCCAACUGGGUCUGGAGGAGUGACGUCACUGUGCCCGCAGAAGACUGUCACUAGCGAAUGGGAAAUUUUUGUUGGCACAAAUAAGAAUGUCAUCUUAGAAGGAUCUGUAAUUUGGGCUUUGAAUCCUGUAGUUCAUGGUCACUGUGAUGACGUCAGAGCUUUAGCUGCGCAUCCGGAUAAGGCCUACUUCGUUACUGCUGGUCUUGAUCGCUACAUCUGUAAAUGGGAAAUCAACAGUCUUGUCUGGAAAGUCCAAAGUGAUAGUGAAUGCUUUUCAGUAACUAUUCAUCCUCACGGCAGUAUUGUAGCAGUUGGUGAUGAACACGGGGACGUUACAUUCUUAAAUAUGGAAGAUGGCCUUCACGUUACAACUCUACCUGUCACUAACAGUCCUCUUUACACGCUAAAAUAUUCACCAGAUGGUGAUACCCUUGCUGUUGGAUGUUCAGAUGGGAAUAUCUACUUUUUUCAGACGCACAGUAAUGGUUAUAUGUACAAAAUUGACUUUGUUUUGUCUGGUAGCGUUCCCGUGUUGAUGUUGGACUGGUCAGUAGAUGGAGCAUAUGUACAGGCAGUCUUCACGGAUAGUGAUUAUCACGAUAUUGUGUUUUGGGACUUAAAGAGAAAAGAGAAGCUACAUAGUGCCUCCCAACUGAAAGAGCUGGAGUGGUACAAGCCAAACUGCACAUUAGGGUACAAAAUAAAUGGAAUGUGGAACAAUAAACAUAUCCCAGAUGCUGUGCAUGUUUGCUGUAACGUAUCUAACUCCAAACAACUUUUAGCAGCCGGGGACAAAAAUGGAUGCGUUCGGCUUUUCCGAUAUCCUAGUACAAGUGAUAAGGCUGCUUAUUAUGAAGAAAAACAGUGCAGCACAGAUGUGAAUAUGAUACAAUUCCUUCAUGAUGAUAAAUAUCUUGUUUCAACAGGAGGGCCUGAUGGAGCAAUAUUUGUAUGGAAACUUUCUUCCACUAGUGUCGCAUGAAACUCAUCGGAUUAAGAAUAUGCAUCAUUACAUUAUUAAAUUUGUUGUUUUUAGAA